GGCGACUCAAUCAAUAAUAAGAAUAUAUUCUAAUUAAGUUUAAAUUGAUGUCAGGAAUUCAAGGAGUUGUAACUGAUUCAUCACAAUUACCAUCUGACGAGGAAUUAUAUUGCCCAGAACUAAAAUUAACAUCUGUACCCUUAUAUGCUGGGGCGCGACAUUUCGCAAAAUAUUGUUAUGCUCAAAAUAAUGAAUUUUGGCUCUGUAGAAAGGAAGAAAGAGAUCCAAGGAAAUGUCUUAAAGAAGGAAAAAUUUUAAGCUUAUGUGCAUUAGAGUACUUUGAUAAAGUUAAAGAAUCAUGCCCAAAUCAAUUCAAAAAGUUAUAUAAAUGUAUUGAUUGGAAAAGUUCUCGAAAAGAUUUCACAGGAUGUAAAAAAGAAGAAUUGUCGUUUGACUAUUGCAUGUAUAACAAAUUGGGACUCUUGCGUUUCGAGCCAGGAUAUAUGUGUCGUCCUCACAUUCAUAAACCUACAAGGGAAAAACCAGAAAUUUAUAAAGGAAGGACAUAUCCUGAUGAUUAUUUGAAAGAAUAUCCCCAAGAAUUCAAUAAAACCAAAUGAAUUUAUGUAUUUUAUUUUGUAUUAUUGUUGUUUACUAGCUUAUGAAUUAAUUAAUUGAUUUCCUCUAUUUAUUAUUAUUAGAUAUAUUAAAUAUUGAUUAUAUAUAAUAGAAUUAAAUGAAUAUAUUUUCUUUUUAAUUCUAUUUGUCCAUUUUUCACCAAUCUCUAAUCUGCCAACUUUCACCUUUGGCUAAAUCAGUCGAUUAUAUUCACAGCCAGAUUUUGACUGGAACUUCUUAUUUAUUUUUUAUCUUAACCGGAAAAUCUUAUAUGAUAAGUAAUUAUUUAUAGAAUUCAGUUUAUUUUAACAAUAUUUUUUCCUAAAUUCACAUUCAAAUGCACGCUUUCAUUAGAUUUAUUAAACAAGCUCUGUAUACUAAUU